CUCGACGCCUCUUGCGCCUUUCCAUUGGAGACGAAACAUUCCAUCUCAAUCAAUUGUUCCACCUUUUCUGCUUCAACUCCAGCCCUUGCAACGGCCAUUCCAUUCGCAGACUGCCCUUAUGUACCUGAUUGAGCUGCUAGGAUGACGGCCAUACUUCCCGCCUCGAACGAGGGGCGAUCACGCUUUUCUCCGGACCCUUUGCGAAGUCCAAUCACCCAAACCUACUUCCUCGAAGAGCCCAAUGUCGCCACAGCCAAAUUUAAUCUGCCCGCAUAUCAUCGCAAGGAUCGUUCUGAUGCUGUAGUGUCCUCCCCGUCGCGGUCAGCGUCUCCAUCCCCGGAUUUCACUAUUACAGCUGUGGGGAAUCUCCCUCCCACGCCUGCGACUCUGAGCAGUCUAUCUCUUAUGAGUGAGGGCCAUGAUGAUGACGAGUUGGUCCUGCCGUCGUACGAUUCCAGCCAAUUCGCACAGAAGGAGCCUGAAGCCCUCAGUGAUGUGUCUGUGGACUCCUCGGCGGACUUCUCACGCCUGACGCAGGCACCGGCUGCUGAUGAUAGUACAAUCGAGGAUGAGCCAUCGAGGCACGUGGAUUAUCUAUCUCAUGAAUGGAGACAGGAGGAUAUUUGGGCGUCAUGGCGUUACGUCGUCGCCCGGAGGAACAUAUAUGAAAAUGGGAAAAGGCUAGAGAAUGCCUCGUGGAGGACGUGGGCUAAGUUGAAACUCAACCUGGGUACAGUAUCGCCAGAAGCCCUCAACUGGCUGAAGGACUGCGAUGUGACGUGGUUGUACGGACCCUUAAAGACGUGCAAUAAGCGGGAGAAAGCAUUCAAUGGCUCUCCUCCUCCCAGCCGUUUGGAGACACCGACCUUGUACCCGGAUAGGAAACCAAUUUUGAAGAAGAGAACGGCUUCUGAGACUAUCUUGCAGCGUUCUCUGUCCCAGCACACGCUCUUGCAACAUGCGGGAGCCAUUUUAAAAGCACAGGAGGCCGAGAUUAACCGUAACCGUCCCCCAUUACAGAGGGCCUCCUCGGAGUUUGGACAUAUGCUUAGCAAGUCAUCCACCACUCCCGUGGGGGGUACUGCUAAGGGUACCGCCACCAAUACGUCAACGUCGGCCACCCCUAGCGAACGACGGCAUAUUCACUUCAACAACGAGGUGGUGCAAUGUAUUGCUGUUGAGGCGAAAGAGGAAGACGAUGGCUGGCCUGCUUAUGUCGGGGAUGAGUCAUCAGAGGAUGGUAUCGUUAUGAUGAAACACAUUCAUUCUGACUCGUCGCUCAGCGACAAAGGUACGCCUCGUGGUAGCGUUACUGGUGAAAACAAAACCAUUGCCCCGCUUCCUUCUACCACACUCAAGUACCGAUGGGAUGCUUCGGACCAUGCGGAUGAUCUGCCAGAUUGCCGAGGGGAUGCCUGUGGGAACGGAAAAACCACAUCAGAAUCACCAGCAUCCUCAAUAAUGGAUCGGUGGUCCAGCUACUUCUCGAAUUCUACGUUGCCUACUUCGUCCGGAGCCGAGAAGUCGACGCGGAAAAACGCACGAUCUGGCAGGAAUAACACGCCAUCUGCUAAUUUCCUUCUCGACGAAGAAGAGAAUGAUGUGGAAUUCGACUGGGAGCCAAGCCGCAACUCAUAUGGCCUAGGAAGUCUAAGCCGUCCCUGGUUUGUGAAUCCAGAAGAUGAUGAGGAGCUCGAUUACUACUUCCAUUCGAUGUCUCCGGAGGGAAUGACACCCAACGAAGACGACGAACCAUUGAGUGCGAGCAUUUUUGACCGUGUGGCAGACACCGUAAACACAGCCAAGGACAUUGCACAUGUGAUAUGGAACGUCGGCUGGAGGCGGUGAUUCCCUCCCCGUGGAGCAUCCACAAGGUCGCAGAGCGGGCUUUACGACUUAAUGCACCUAAUUUUCUAGCCAUCAAUUUCUCAUGCAUCUUUCUCAUACAAUAAACGACCAGGAAG